CGGCAGCAGCGGCCGGAGCCCCGGGGGUGGGGGCUUCUCACCCGAGCCCUGACGUAAAGACUAAGCGGGGCUGCCCGCUCCGGCUUCUUAAGGAGCGUGGCGGUGGUGGCGGGCGCGGAGAGCCCUGCCCGGCCCGCCCUGCACGCCGGAGCACCGAGUGACACAAUGGACCUUGGGAGCAGAGGAAGAAUCCACUGCAACAUGAGACUCACCUGCUCUCUGCUAAUCAUGGGAGCAUUCUGUGUGACACCUUUCCUCUGCCAUAGCCAAAUUGAUCCACUAGCUCUUGGGCGAGCAGACCCCCAGUGUUGGGAAUCCUCCUCAGCUGUCUUACUGGAGAUGAGGAAGCCUCGCAUUUCUGACUCUGUCAGUGGCUUUUGGGACUUCAUGAUCUUCCUGAAGUCAUCAGAGAACUUGAAACAUGGGGCUCUGUUCUGGGAUUUAGCUCAGAUCUUCUGGGAUAUCUACGUGGACUGCAUGCUCUCCAGAACCCACGGCUUAGGGAGAAGACAGCUAGCAGAAGCUGAACAGAAGAUCGCUACUCUACAUUCUCAGUUCACAGGGAGAAAACAAGGAAUGUUUUCUCAUAUUCAGAGGUCACCAGUUCUGAAGAAGAAAGACUCACUCAAAGAUUUAACAAGUAUCCACGUGCAUAAGAGCAGAUCUACACUACUUGGAAAAAUUGUUGGAGAGCUAGGGAAGAAGAGGAAACAACACAUCUAGCCCAAGAUCUUAACUACUUCUCUUUAAUUUUUUGCAUUUUAACUCAUUGAUGGUGGAAAAAGGCCUAUAACUACAAGCACUGUAUCUCUGAUUAACUUGGACUUGUGGGUUUUUUUAAUUACUUAUUAAUUCGGUCUCCUUAAUAAACUGCAUGAUUUAUAAGCAGUUGCCUACUUUAAUCUGUGUGUACGGCAGGUUUUUUGUAAUGCAUGUGGCCUAUUCAAACUAUUGUCUUUUGGGUGCCAAACCGGGAAAUAACAGAUCCUUCAGUAAGAUAUGGAUGAGCAGAGCAGGAAGUUGCCAAAAAGCUCCGCUGGCUCCAAAACAGGAUUAGAAUUGAGAUGGUGAUGUUCUAUCAAAUGCAUAGCUCUACACUGCUGAAAGACAUCAUCCUACUAAAGUAGUACAUAUUUUUAAAUAUAAAAUACCUUCCAAAAAAUUUCCAGUUUUCCAGCAAGAGAAAAAGGGUUAACAGGUUUUACUAGCUCUUCUGUUUGCUUUCACAUAUUUUUACAG